UUCACUGUGUGUUGGUCGGCUGCUGGUUUCUGUCCUGCUUGCUCCCAGUUUAACCCCUGACUCUUUGUCUGUAGAAACGGGCCCAAUAGUACUUUUUUCACUAAUAAUGAUACACUAUCUUCUUAGCCAUAAGAACACAAUGUAAAGAAUUUGGUUGUGCCCAGGUCCACACGUUUUUCAGUAAUUAUAGUGUUAAAAAUAUGUCAUAUUCUAUAAGGAAAAAUCAGUCUAACCAGUUUAAAAAAGCACAGGAUGUUAGCAAGAUACCGUGUGCGUGUAUACUAUAGCAAUUCAAAGCCCUGAAAGCCUAUUGAAAUACAUUUUGGCCCUAGUUUACUUUGGUUGACAGACAGUAGAGGCCAUUGACGUUCUGGGUGGGUGAUGCUACGCCACCAAGGCUUCUGCUCCCACCCACCCCCACCCUGACUCAUCCAUAUUCCUGAUUCACCCACACAUCAUCCCCAUUAUCGCCACCUUCACCGUCAUACACACACAGCUCCACCUUCCAUGCUCGGAGACACGCAGUUUGAAAACCUCUGGAGUUGGUGCUAAUCCAGUCUUGUCUAACACUCUCCAUCCACCAACUUUUCAACUCUCUCUCUCUCUCUCUCUCCGUCUUGCUGAAAUCGCUGAUGAGGGGGAUUGUGGGAAUCUGCCUCCUGCAUACACUUGCAGAAUAAGAGUCUUUUGCAACCUUCAGUGCCAGAUGCAUUCUCUCAUGUCCUGCCUACAUUUACCACCAGAAAAAAAAAUGAUCCCUUCGAACAUUCCAAAGGGAAGUCAACAGGCAUGGACAGAUGAAAUAUAGUCUAUGCUUUCCAUAUGUACAGUUCCACUGUAAUUGUACAACUUGCAAAUUUCUUUCUGAUAUUGACUCAUGUUUUUUUCUUUCCUAUGGCCUCUUUGCAAGGCAGUAUAUUGUAUUUGAUGUGUGUAUUUAAUUUUUUUUAAUUUUGUUUUUAAAAGAUGACUACAUCUGUGUAUUGUUGGUGCCUUUGUCAGGUUUAGUUGGUUGGACUUGUCUGUCUGCCGCCAUUUUUAGACUGGGGUUUUUCUUGCUCUGCUACUGGUCAUGAUGACCCAAUGGGAAACACUGCCUUCUACUCUAGAGGGCUACUACACAACUAUGGAAGAAUAUUAUUCUCAUUUUCACAUAACUAUAAAUAGAUACAGCAGAUCAACAGAACUGAUGAGUUCACUGUAACUGACAGGUUACAUUUAUUAUUCCACACAUACAAAAAAACUUGCACCCAAAGUUUAACAUUUUAAGGGGAUACAAACUUUAUACAGGAGCCUAAAUGACAGCCUAUGUAUGUAUUUACAGUACACAUGCAUAUCUGCAUACAUACAUAUGUAGUCUAUACAUGUAAAUGUGUUGAACUAAUGCUUUGUCUAAAUGUGGGUCUCUGGGACAGCAGCAGAAAAAGCAACCUUGUGUUAGACCAAUGCCUGUUCAUCUAUUCUGUGGUCGUCUAAAUGUUUAAUCUUGAAUAAAACUACUGUUUGUUUACAGCAA